GAUGACGCUCAUUCCUAUUCAUUCGCCACUACAAGGAAUGUUAGAAAUUAUCCCAGUCUAAUUAGUUGAAACGUUACAUUCGAUUUUAAUUAUUUAAUUACAAUUUGGAAAACAGAUUUGGAAUUUAUUAAAUAUACUGCAUUUACAAAGAGGCAAGGCAAAUUAUAUACUGUACAUAUUAUACAAAUAUUUUGUUUACCACGCCCGGCGGCCUAAUUUUGUAAAUAGCGUUGCGUCGGAAAUGGGGAACGGAACAUACAAAGCUUUAAACCCAAUAGUGUCGCACAUUGGAGACUUCACAAAGUUUUAUAUUGCGAUUGCUAUUUGCUCCGUGAUACUGGGAUUUCUUCUCAUUCUGAACGUCGUAUGCUGUUGUUCUAGAUACUCAGAGUAUUGGCUAGACAGGCACACAGGUAACCGUUGGAUAGUAUCUAUCUGGUCGACAACACCACACAAGCAGCCUCCACUCGACCUCACUGAGUUGGAUGUACAGUACAGACCUGUACAGUACAUUAAACCAUACAUAAGCGAGUAUCACGGGACUGAAGUUCCCCCAUCUAUAUCACACCAACCUUUAACAACAUCUCAAGAAUAUUUAGAGCUACAUAAACGCGAAAGUGACAUUUAAAAAUGGCCUUCCUUAUGUUAUACCCCGCCGUAGCUGUACUCUCUCUUUUUGUACUAUUGGUGAUUAUAUUGAUACUCAGAUUUGGGUAUUUAUGCAAACUUCGGCACACUGCCUUUGCUGAGCAGGAGUUUUGGAAUGAGGAAGUAGCUUAUGAACAGAAAGUGUCUUAUGCCUAGUUUUAAGCUUUUAUACUAGAUCUUAUUUACAUAUAAGUCACCUAUUUGGAAGUAUUGCAUAUUAAUUUUAAAGCACAAAAAAAUUAAAUAGUAAUUGCAAUAUUUUAGCUCUAUUAAAAAGUAAAUUUACAAGAAUAUUAAGGAUAUCAAAAUAAAAUGGUUUUUUACUUGUAACACUAGAUGUUGAGAUGAUGAGACUUAUGUAAUUCAUCUAAACUUGAUCAGUACUUAACAUUCUAAUGCUUCCAGUAUGGAUCAACCUACAGAUUAAAGAAAUUUUUUAAAGCUGAUCAUUAAUUUUUUAUCCUCAUCACAAUUUAUUAUAGUUCUAGGUACAUACAUUAUUUUUACUUGUAAGGUUAGAUGAUCUUAUGUAAUUUCACUAUACUUCAUCAAUAUUUGACAUUAUGAUGUAUCCAGUAUCGACUUUAAAUAAAGAACUGAUUUAGAAUCUCAAAUUUAGAAUUACUCUGAGUAUCCAACUAUAAGAAACUCAACUAUAACAGUACAUUGGACAUAUAAUCAAGUUUCUUAUGGUUGUUUCUUGACAGUUAACUUUCAGAAACUACAGUGGUUAAUAAAAAAAAUAACUUUUAUGUAGACUAGAUUGAAUUUAUGCCGUCCAUUUAGCCUAGUUAUUAGUCGUAAAUGACGUAUAUGUUUCGUAACUGAAAUAUAAUUAUAUACAAAAUUGA